AUGCACGCGGCCGCCGCGGCCGCGCGCGCGGUUCAAGCGGCCCCGACCACGUCGUGCCUGCGGCGCGUUCACCGCCGCUCCACCGCGCGGUCGCCGCACGGGCAGUGGUGGACCGCGGUGCCGACGGACGAGACGUCCGAGGCGCUGGCGAUACUCUUCGCGAACGACGGCGUGAGACGCGCGCUCGUCGCGACGUUGGAGCUGUCCGUGGAGCGGUGCAUCGAGCGGUACCACGACGAGGGGAUGAAAGAGCCCUUGGAGCGAUGGCUCGCGACGACGCUCGGGGAUAAUUUGGCGGCAAACGCCGGGGACGCGUCGCCGUUCACCCCGAGCGGGAUGCUCGGGAAAGUGCUCCGAGAGACGUCGUCGUCGCACGACGCCGUCGCCGCCGCGCUCGGGGCGGAGCUCAAACGUCGGUUCAAAUCCCGGCACCGAACGCUCCGAGACGGCCACGUGUGCGUGACGUGGAGAGGGAAGCACACGUCCCUGAGCACUCGGUCGAUGGCGAUCACGUUGGACAUCAGCGCCGCGUUGGCGCAGGACGAGGACGACUUCGCGGCGACGAUGGAACGCAUCCGCGCCGUGGACACGCGAUAG